AUGCUAUUCUCCAAAGCGACCAAAAUUCUGUGGCUGUCGUCGCUAGCCGUUGCAGCACCACUGGGGAACACGAGUACGACCCAAGACCCCGACCUUCUCAGCACAGCUAGUUGCCCAGAUUACUGCGCAGGUACCAACUCCACCGGCGGCGACUCCCCCUACGUCUGCGGAGACGCCCGCCUAGGACCCGUCAGUGCGCCGACUGGCCUGCCUCUGUCUGGGAUAGCCGGAACCGACAGCACCUACCAUCGCUUCGGCGGCCUAUGUCCAGGCGAGUUCCUAGCAAGCUGGACAUCUCCCACGGGCGAAUUUGCAUACCCACCUUUCGAAGGCUACCAACUCGCAAGUUCCGGCGAGCCAACAAUCUCAAAUCUCAYACUGCCAGUCGGCACAUUCCUCGAUAGAUUCGGAAGCGAGUAUGGAUCGUACAUGAGUCCUGCAGGGACGCCGUAUGCCCAGAGAUCGUUGCCUCCGACGAAUCUGGACUCCGAGGCUGGUUCCAAGUAUCCGUAUAACUAUCGAGUAUAUAUGGUCAGUCGGAACUUGCAUGUGCAGGGUGGUUUGAUCGCAGGGUGGUUUGAGCAGCAGGGGUUCGGUGUGCAGUUCUUGAUGCCGAUGAAUGUCAUGCAAUUAGUUGACAGCGGCUACUUGACCAGAAUCAAUUUGACUGCGGAUCCGAGAUGGUAG